CGUUGAGUGCCUGACAAAACCACCUCUGGUUCACGGUUCCCGAACCCCAGAGGCAAAAUCCCUGGCCCAUCAUUCGGUCCUGGUAUGGUAUGGGAUAUCUAUUAUUCAUUAUUUAAAAAUCAUUCAAUUCGCCAUCCUGCUUCAACCUACGGCCCCUGUGAAUACCGAGUUUCCCCUUCCCCGUGCGUGGUGGACGGUAUCUAUUGGGAUUCCCUUGCAACUGUUCUCUCGCCCGCCGUUUCGUAUCUUGUCCACUUCUCUCUCCUACUCUUCUAGAUCCUUCCCAGCUGCGGACUAGGGGACUAACCACUGGCUGGCUGAUUACAGUACCACUCACUCACUAGGUCCCAAGCUUCCGGCCACUUGGCGUUCAUGUCUUGAUCUAGGUUAUAUCCCCGAUUCCUUCCUUCUUUUCCUUUCCCCCUUCUUGUUGUUCCCGGUCCUGGCCACCUUUCGCUUUCUCGGGGUCCAACAUGGAGCACUCCUACCUCUCUUCCCCAGCUGAAGUGCUGGACCAUUUUGGUGUCAAAGAAAGCUCUGGUCUGUCGCAAGGCCAGGUUUCUCAAUCAAGACAAAAGCAUGGGCCUAAUGCCCUUGCGGAAGAACCACCGACUCCUCUCUGGCAGCUCGUAUUGGAGCAAUUCAAAGACCAACUGGUCCUGAUCUUGCUGGGCUCGGCUGCCGUAUCCUUUGUUUUGGCGCUUUUCGAAGAAGGAGAUGACUGGUCUGCUUUCGUUGACCCUGUUGUGAUCCUGACCAUUCUUAUUCUCAAUGCCGUGGUUGGUGUCACCCAAGAGAGCAAUGCUGAGAAGGCCAUUGCUGCUCUCCAGGAAUACUCUGCAAAUGAAGCGACUGUUGUCCGCGAUGGUACUACUCAGCGUGUCAAGGCUGAGGAUCUUGUCCCCGGAGAUAUUGUAAAUGUCGCGGUUGGAGACCGUGUUCCAGCUGACUGCAGGUUACUUGCCAUCCACAGCAACAGCUUCCGGGUUGAUCAAGCGAUUCUGACUGGUGAGAGUGAGAGUGUGAGCAAGGACGUCCGUACUGUUCAUGACAAGCAGGCCGUCAAGCAGGAUCAAACCAACAUGCUUUUUUCGGGUACCACAGUUGUCAAUGGACACGCAACGGCUAUUGUAGUCUUGACCGGUGGAUCGACUGCCAUUGGUGAUAUCCACGAGAGCAUCACGUCACAGAUCUCGGAGCCGACCCCACUGAAACAGAAGCUUGAUGAUUUUGGAGACAUGUUGGCCAAGGUGAUCACUGUCAUUUGCAUUCUGGUGUGGGUCAUCAACAUCGAGCAUUUCAAUGAUCCAUCUCAUGGUGGCUGGACUAAGGGAGCUAUUUACUAUCUCAAGAUCGCAGUCUCUUUGGGCGUAGCAGCCAUUCCUGAGGGUCUGGCUGUCGUUAUCACCACUUGUCUCGCUCUCGGUACCCGCAAGAUGGCCCAGAAGAAUGCCGUGGUUCGUUCGCUUCCCUCCGUCGAGACUCUGGGUAGUUGCAGCGUGAUUUGCUCCGACAAGACGGGAACCUUGACCACCAACCAAAUGAGCGCGGAAAAGAUCGUGUAUCUGAACCAGUCUGGUGAUGGUGUAGAGGAGAUUAACAUUGAAGGCACCACUUUUGCACCCCAAGGCAAACUCUCGCGCGGCGGAAAGGAACUGCAGGAUAUUGCUGUCUUCUCGGCCACCGUUCGACAGAUGGCUGAGGUCAUGGCUCGCUGCAACAGCGCAACUCUAGCCCACGAUGCAAAGAACAGCUCGUUCUCUUGUAUCGGCGAACCUACCGAAGGUGCUCUGCGUGUCUUGGUCGAAAAGAUUGGAACUGAUGAUGCUGCUACUAAUGCGAAGUUGUUCCGCCAGCCCGCCUCUCAGCGACUUCACGCUGCAAGUGCGUACUUUGAAGCUCGCCUGCCAUUGAAAGCAACGUAUGAAUUUUCACGUGAUCGAAAGAGCAUGUCCGUCCUUAUCGGCACCGAGAAGGAACAAAGGCUACUCGUCAAGGGCGCUCCAGAGUCUAUUUUGGAACGUUGCUCUCACGUUCUCCUGGGGGCUGACGGAAGGCGGGUAUCUCUCACUAAGAAUCAUCUAGACCGGCUGUCUGCUGAGGUUGUGGAAUGCGGUAGUCACGGUCUUCGUGUGAUGGCUCUGGCUAGUGUGGACAGUGUCGGUAACAACCCUCUCCUUCACAAUGCUCAAACAUCAAAGGACUACGCUCAGUUGGAACAAAACAUGACUCUUAUCGGUCUUGUCGCGAUGCUUGAUCCUCCCCGGGUUGAGGUUGCCGCUUCGAUUAAGAAAUGUCGCGAGGCUGGUAUUCGGGUUAUCGUUAUCACUGGAGACAAUCAAAACACCGCCGAGUCAGUUUGUCGUCAAAUUGGUGUCUUCCACGAAGGCGAGGAUCUCAAAGGAAAGAGUCUUACUGGAAGGGAGUUCGAUGGUCUCUCGAAUGAGGAGAAGCUCGAGGCGGCUAAGAUCGUGUCUUUGAUUUCACGCACUGAGCCUAGUCACAAGUCCAAGCUGGUCGACAUACUCCAAUCUCAGGGCCAUGUGGUCGCCAUGACUGGUGAUGGUGUAAACGAUGCACCGGCCCUGAAGAAGUCGGAUAUUGGUGUGGCCAUGGGAACAGGAACCGACGUUGCUAAGCUGGCCGCUGAUAUGGUUCUGGCCGACGAUAAUUUUGCAACCAUUACUUUGGCUGUAGAAGAGGGACGUUCGAUCUAUAGCAACACCCAGCAGUUCAUCCGCUACCUUAUCUCUUCGAACAUUGGUGAGGUCGUAUCGAUCUUCUUGACCGCCGCCUUGGGCAUGCCGGAAGCUUUAAUUCCUGUGCAACUUCUCUGGGUCAACCUUGUUACCGAUGGUUUGCCUGCCACCGCUCUUUCCUUCAACCCCCCGGACCAUGAUGUGAUGAGACGCGCACCCAGGAAACGCGACGAGCCUCUAGUCGGCGGUUGGCUACUGUUCAGGUACAUGGUGAUAGGCACAUAUGUUGGUGUGGCUACUGUUUUCGGCUACGUUUGGUGGUUUGUGUACAACCCCGAGGGCCCUCAGAUUUCUUUCUGGCAACUGUCUCAUUUCCACAAGUGCUCCUCUCAGUUCCCUGAGAUUGGUUGCGAGAUGUUCUCGAAUGACAUGUCGCGCUCCGCGUCUACUGUGUCUCUUUCGAUUCUGGUUGUUAUUGAGAUGCUGAACGCCAUGAAUGCUCUCUCGUCCAGCGAAUCUCUCCUUACAUUUGCCCUCUGGAACAACCCGAUGCUUGUCUUUGCCAUCAUCCUUUCGAUGGCAUUGCACUUCGCGAUCUUGUAUGUCCCGUUCUUGCAAGGUCUGUUCUCGAUCUUGCCUUUGGACUGGAUGGAGUGGAAGGCCGUGGUGGCCAUCAGUGCCCCAGUUGUGCUCAUCGAUGAGGUUCUCAAGUGGGCGGAGCGUCGUCUGUACAAUAACAUCCCAGCACGUUCGACCGUCGAAUAUCAGAAUGGAGUGGUGGGGAAGCCCAAGAGGGCAUAGAUUUGGGCAAUGAAGUGACGAUUCGAUUUUCAGGAGGGGAGGGGGG